UGAAACUCCUGCGGCGAGGCCCCAUUGUGAGGUGUGAGGUGUCCCGGGCUGUAUCUGCCCAGCAGGGCCAGCACAGCGCCAGAUCCGCUGCUGGUCGCAGACGAGAGCUCCUGGUUUGGAUCCCCAGCCUUGAGCCUCGUGUGGUACCAAAGGCGCUCAGGCCCUGUGUCGCUAUGGCACCGCUGCUGCUGGUGCUGCUGCUGCUGGGCCUGGCCCCCGGCCUGGCCCGGCCCCUGGGGCCCUGCCCGGGGCCCUGCCGCUGCCGCGGGCGCCGCCUGGACUGCAGCAGCGCUGCCCUGGCCCGCGUGCCCCUGGCCACCCCCCAACGGCCCUUCUCCGUGCUGGAUUUCACUGGGAACGCGCUCGCCCUCAUUCGCCCUCAGCCGUGGAAGGGAUACCUGUGGGCUGAGAAGCUGUGAGUAUCCACCAGUAUCGGACAUGGCACAGGGGUUCCGGGAUCCCCAUCCCUCCGCCGGGCUGCCGAGCCGAGGCUGUGCCGAGCACCGCACCAGUGCUUGCCACGUGCAGCCAAGGCCGAGCUGCUCAGCAAGGAGCUGUGUGAGUCCCCAGAGCUGUUCCGUGGCGAGCAGGGCCCUGGGCUGUGUACCUCCUGCCAACCGGGGCCAUCCCUGGGCCUGUG